GAGCAACAGUAUCGUGCGGCGCUUGGACGUUCAUUGUUGUGGAGCGGAGUGGACAGGUACGCUCGCCACACCUGUCACCGAACAGGUCCAACACAGUUGCCCGGGAGACGAGGGGUUUUCGUUUGAGGCCGUUGGCACGCCUGCGCCUUGUUAAGUAAGGUUAUGUUUGUUGGUGAGUGUGUUUGGGAGGCUGAGCCGAGUUACCCGAGAUAGCAGAAUGGAGACUAGGAAUGGACAUGUCGCGGCGUUAGUCAAUUGAACCGCGAGUGGAGGGCGCCGCUGCGCGCGCUGCGCCUCCUGGAGCCGCCCCCGCGGCCCUCGCCACGACCACCCGACAGGCGCGUCCGGCCCGGGUACGGCUGCUGGCCCUCGGCUCCUCUCGGCUCGCGGCGGCGGCGAUGGGGCUGCUGCACUUUGUUUACAUGUAACAGAAACGGUCCCGGCCGGCCGGGACAGACAGGCAUACCCCGCCCACACCAUGAACGCCACCAGCUUGUUCGUCUCGACGAGCCGGGUGGUGCUGCAGGCGCAGUGCACCGCCACGGACUCGGAGCAGGAGUCGGACUCGGCGGCGGACUUGUCAACGUCGUCCUGGGCGGACUUGCACCGUCUGGUGCCCUACCUGCGCCAGUCACUGUCGUGCACCGUGUGCGCCAACCUACUCGUCGAGCCUUACACGCCCAGGGACUCGGCGGCGACCGGCGGCUGCCAGCACCACGUCUGCAGAGGCUGCCGGGGUGGCCGCAAGAGGCUCAAACCGUCCUGUUCCUGGUGCAAGGACUACGAUGCCUACGCGGAGAACGUCCUCCUGCGUAUCCUGCUCCAGUGCUACAAGAAGCUCUGUGCCUACAUCACCAGCACAUCUAUCUAUCGUAGUCUUCUUGCCGGAGGGUCCAGCCUUGUAGAGCUUAUCAAUGAAGGGGCAGAGUUUAAAGAUGACUACAAGAGUUCGCCGGGACUGUCCCGUUCCGCCUAUAGCAUUUUACCUUGUGUCUACUCAAAUACGACACAACCUCAAGUGGCUCCUGUUUUAUCGUCUCCUUCCCCUCCAAAUGUGCAGUGUGCUUCUCCGCAGCCUGACACACUGCAAGAGGAUGAGCACACCGCUCCAUCUCCCACUUCGACAGUGUCGAAUGGUUCCUCCCUCUAUUCAGUGUACAACAUUGGUAGUAAAAUGACAUUCAAAAGGAAGACAAUCAACUCAGAGAAAGAAGUUGUUAACUCUCAAAUUACUGAAAAUGAGCUGAGUGUUAGAGAAAAGCCUGCCAAGUCCCUUUCUCUUACAUUCAAAAAACCUCACAAAGGGAUAAAAAGUAUGAGGAGUCUUUCUUUGAAAUCAUCUCUUGCUUUAACUAAACAGCCAGGGAGGGCAGCUACGUUGGGAGGAAUGAAUUCAAUGAACUUAAAGAGAAAGGGCUGCCGCUGUGGGAAUGCCACAGCAACCCCAGGGAAACUUACUUGUUGUGGCCAACGGUGCCCGUGUUAUGUGGACAGUAAAGCUUGCUUGGACUGUAGAUGUAAAGGAUGUCGCAACCCACACCGUCCUGGAGGACACAAGGUUCGUCCCCAUAUUCCUGAAUUGGAAAGUUAUGAGUUGCAUCUGAGUCCAACAGAUGACAUGCAGACUAUAGAUGAAGACACUCCUGUUUUAUCGUUAGCCUCUCCCAGUGAGCUUGCUGCAACUAAUGCUGGUGCCACAGUACAGGUCCUAGGUGUUUACACAACACAGCUUCAUCCAGUGACAACGGUAUCAACCACUUUACCAGCUGCAAUUUUAGUUGAUGAUGAAUCUGGAACAGUAAUGGAUGAGGAUUCAUCAGAAAUAGAGACAAGUGAUGUUGAAAUAGAUUGUUAAUUAAUCUAAUGUAUAGCAUCAUGCAAGUCAAUAAUCUAGAGAAGAUAUAGACUUUUCAUCCCCCCUCCACACCCUCCCCCCUGAACCUAACUUUUUCUUUUCAAAUCUGAACUUGCCACCUCCCCCCUCCCCAAAUCAAUGGUUUUCAUUAAAACCUGUAGACAAUUAGUGAAGGAUGUUGAUGAAUUCCUUAGUGAAGUUAACUUAUCUGUAUUAGCAUAUCUGCUGGUUUCCAUCACAUUGAAGACUGUCUUAGAAUUUAAGAAAACAUUAAUUAAUUGUUUAUGAGCUUAGCUAUGUCCAUUUUAGAAUAAAAUUAUAUGAAGGGUGUUUAGUUUAACAUACUGUGUGUAACAGAACUAAAUAUUUGUGCAAUGAACAGACUGUGUUGUCUGUUAUGAAAUGUUAGUAAGCAAGUUACCUGAUGUUCAUUGUAAAGGAAAACAUUUUCAUUGUUUUCUUUGUAUUGUUUCCUAAUUUAUUACCAUAAACUACGAAUGAAAUUGCAAUACAUAUGCGCUAAAUGACACUAUUAUAUUGCCCCUUGCCAGUAUAUGAUUUUUUUAAUGUUUCCAAAACAUGAUCAAUUUAAAUAAAUCUUUCCGUUAUCCUUCUCUGUUCUAGAUAAUAUGAUUUUACUAAUUCUGGACCUGUCUGGGAUUUUAUUUAGUGCUAGUUUGUUAUGACUUAGCCAUUUAAAUGUAGUUCCAUAAUUUUGGUUUGAGAAAUUUUCCAAUUUCCUUCUUAAAACGUGUGUGUUAGAUAGGUGAUUGAACUUUUUUUUUUCAUUCCAGGAUUAUUGUACCUGUGAGGGGUUUUCCUAUGGUCCACAUUAGUCAAAAUGUAUCUUAUGGUGCCUAUGAUGGAGGCAUAUCCAGUAUGUUGAUUUUUCAGAUGUUGGAGCAAUUUUUUGUUUUGUAAGAGUAAUAAUCGUCACCUGCAAUCUUGAAAUUAUUUUUGAGGGCGAAUGAUUAACCCGCUCUCUAAGGGACACGUUUAUCUUUGAUUUAAUGCUAUCCGUUUCCUUGUAAGAGAGGUUGCUCUCCUAUAAGAAGCUCACUAUGAAUUCUUUUUCUCAGUAGCAUGCAUAAUAGUUGAAUUUAAUCUUGGAAAUUAAUCUAAGAACUGAUGUAAAUCUUAAGAAUGUGGAAUGUGUUAAUUUGCAUUCCCUUACGUGUGUGUGCUUAGACAAGGAUGAUAUUUUAUGAUAUUUUUUUUUUCAUAUCUUGUAAUAUUUUUUGUGGGGAAUCCUUUGUAGUCUACAUGGCUGUCAACCCUCUUUGUUGAUUUUUUAAUUGUUAUAAUUUAAAGAAAUUAACAUGCAUAUCAUUCUUUUUUAUUUUGAUUAGCGUUUGUGUGUAUGUGUGCAUGUUGCAUGUGUGAAUAGUUAAGCAAUUUCUGACCAUCAACCAUCUUUAAUGGUACAUAAUUACUAUCUGAAUGAUAAUUGAGGCACAAGGAACUUCUGGGUGAGAAGUGAAUAACAAAAUUAUGUGGAGUAGUAAGCAUAAACUCAUGACUUCCUCUUUAUUUCUAGAAUCUUUUUGUGAUUUUCUUCUUUAAUGUCCGCACCUAGUGAGUGAGAGUGAUGUUUCUGAUCUAAUGAAUUUACUUGUUUGGUCAGGAAGUAAACUAAUGUAACGCCCCAGAGUUCCUAAAUUAUCAAUUAAGAAAUAAAAAAUUCUUAAUUUAUAAACUAAACUUUGUAAAAUUAUAUGUUUAAAUAUGCUUUGAUCAGAACAACUAAAUAUUGUCUUAUGAAGUAUCUGUGAUAUUUGCAAAUAGGGAGAUGCACUUUUGGAUAGUCGGAGGGAAGCACUUUUGCAUUGGGUUUUAGCACAUAUAUAAGAUGAAAUCAAUUAACUGGAAUUUUGUGCUGUGGAGUGUUAAACUGUUGGUUCUAGUGGGGGGGCUUUUAAUUUUUCCUGCAUGUUUGUUUCUGCCCAGUAAUUUGUAAUUCAUUCUUCCUUCCCAGUGACCAACAUCUUGUCAUUCGUUAAGUGCUUUUGCAACAAUUUCAAGUUUGUGUAAUAUAUUUUUUUCAUUCUCCAUAAGUAGUUCUCAACAAAUUAUGUCCAUUUUGAUGUGUUACUAUGAAUCUACCUAAUUUGAAUAGGUCUCCAUACAAUUUCAGCAGUGGUAUUUUUGUAUUAAAAUUAAAGAGAAUGAUGUUUGUUCAUUAUUUCAGUUGAAGUUUUUUAGUUAUUUUGUGAAAUCAUACCAGUAGAAAUAAAACCAUUAUCAGAUUUUCUGACUACUAAAA